AUGAUUAGUCUCACUGCGGGGCAACUCAACGCGGUCAAGUCUAUCGAUAUGACGGGGGAGCUUGUGGAAGAGAUUGAGAUGCGUGCCGAGCAUCAUGCGAGCGACAGCCCACGAUUGCACCUCGAUAGGCUGACCUCGCUGCAAAAGGUGACCAUCUACCCUUACGCGUUCCACUCACCGCCAAUAAAUCUCGAUGUCAUUGGAGUGUAUCUAAGGGAGGCGACUGGUAGGAUGGGUCUGGAGGUCAUAGAGGUCAAGAGGAAGCAGAAGCUGACAUAG